ACGUCUGGUUACGAAUUGAAAAAUACAAUUUAGAAUUUUUGCCAGCGAACACCUUUGAAGAAGUUUCCAAAGAGACUGAGAAACAAUUCUUAGACAAUAGUAUUUUGGGAUAUUCUACUGUCCGAUUUGUUCCCAAAGGCCUAAAAGGAAAGAUGCGGCGUAUUAUCAAUCUAAAGAGAGUGCAAAAUAAGGUGCCUGGUAAAAGAGGGCAGGAGAAAUCUGUGAACACAGUCCUACGAGAUACAUUUCAAGUUUUAACAUUUGAAAAGGUGGAUAUGUUAUCAUCGGAUAAAAAGUCUUAUGGAUUAGGUGGUUCAGUGUUCAAUUUUAAUGAGAUUUAUGAACUGGAUGUUCAAUGUUGUUUCGAAUCAAUUGAUCAAGAUCAAGUCUUGGGAAUAGUUAAAGACGUAUUAAAAGAAAGGGACUAUGCAAUUCAUAAAUAUGAUAUGGUUUGCCAGAAGGGUAGUGCAGUGCGUGCACUUCAUAACUACUACGCUAACUCAACAUAUGAUUUUCCUGAUUUUCCGACCUUUGCAAGAGAAUUAGCACAAAAGCGCUCAAAUUCAAUUUUUGUUGAUCGCGUUAGGGAAUGGUAUCGAAAUAAGGAGGAUAUACUUGAUCUUUUAGAAAAGCAUAUUAAGUGCAAUUUAAUAAAAAUUAGAGACAAGUCUUACAGGCAGUGUACCGGUAUUUCACAGGGGUCAGUCGUAUCAACACUGCUUUGUAGGUUAGCACCGGAACAAUUGACCUUUUAUUAUCGUGAGAUGGAAUGGGAAGUGCUUCCUUUUGUAAAACAUGAUGAUGGCGUCAUGUUACGUUUUCUUGACGAUUUCCUAUACAUAAGUACUGACAAAGAAAAAGUUGAAAGAUUUAUAACUGCAAUGCAUAAAGGUCAUCCAAAAGUUAAGUGUGUUAUUAACAGAGAAAAGAGCUUAACAAACUUAGAUAUUAUUAUUGAUGGGGAGUCGAUAGAGAAAUUGAGUAAUACGCUCG